UUCUAACCUAUUACGUGAAUCUAUAGUUUCUACUCGCGCACGCGUGUUAGUAACAUCAAUGAAAAAUUCAAUAAAAACAUUAAAAAAAUUGUAAUUACACUAUGAAUUAACAUUAAUUAACAUUAUUUACAAUCAAACAAACGUAAAUGAUCGUCGAACAAACGAUACUGAAUAUCAGCUGAACAAUUUAAAGCAAAAACAGUUACAUUUUCUACAAGGGGUCUAAGAUGAGUGUGAAAAUUUGUCUAAUUUUUUAUUAAUAAACGAAAGACGAACAAACGAUUAUUUCUGACCAACAAUUACGAACAAAUGAUUAGAAUUACUUAAAAUAAUAAAAAUUAAAAAAGAAAAUCCUGGGGUUCUAACUUUUUGGACGUAUGCAGAACGUGUAGUUUGCAGAAGUAAAAUUGUGAGAUUAAAAGUGUUGGUGUUGUGGAUUAUGAAUUUAUUAACUGUGGUUUAAUAAACAGAAAUUAUUAAAAAUGAAAAUAAAACGGUUAUUUUUUGUUAAGAUUAUUACAUGUUACGUGUUAACUAUCUUAUAUUGCGAAUUCAUACAUUAUUAUUUAGUUUUAUCGCAAUGUGAUUGGCCACAAAUAAAAUUUACAAGCUCAACUAACAACACAACGGCUCCUCUUAAAUUUAUGAUUUUAACAGACACCCAUAUGAUGGGACCCAAAAGGACUGUUUGGAUAGACAGAGUUCUUAGAGACUGGGAAAUGUAUAGAGCCUUUCAGACUGCUGUUAAUCUCCAUAAACCAGAAAUUGUUUUUUUCUUAGGAGAUUUAACAGAUGAAGGAGAAUAUUCCAAUAUUGAGCAGUUUGAAGAUUUCAGAAGACGAUUUCAUAAACUGUUUGCUGUACCUGAAGGGACAAAAGUGUAUACAACUGUAGGAAAUCAUGACAUUGGAUUUCAUCACAGUGUUGAUUCAAACUCUUUUGGAAGAUUUAUAAAUGCAUUCAAUACGAACGGUACUCAACUGAUCGAGGUUAGAGGGAUUUAUUUUAUUCUACUGAAUAGUAUAGCAUUGGAAGGAGAUAACUGCUUUUUUUGUAGACCAGUAGAAAAAGAGCUUUUAAGAUUAGAAAAACUGUUGGAUUGUUACUCCCAUCAAGCACAUUGCAGUCCGCAUAUCACCAGAAAACAAUAUAGUAGACCUAUACUAUUGCAGCACUUUCCUCUGUAUCGACAGUCAGAUAUAAAUUGUACUGAACCCGAUGAAGCUCCUUAUCCUGAAAAAAUUGAGAAAUAUAAAGAAAAGUGGGAUUGCUUAGGAAAGAAUGCAACAGAACAGUUGAUAAGACAAAUUAAGCCGAGGCUUGCUGUAUCUGGUCAUUCACAUCAUGGUUGCACAAGAUCUCUACCUUCUAAUAAUGGAAUUGAAAUAACAUUGCCCAGUUUCAAUUGGAGAAAUAAAAUAAAUCCCAGUUAUGGCUUGUUUGUAGCAACUCCUGAUGAGUACGUGUUUUACAAAUGCUUAAUGCCAGUUGAAACAACAGUGUUUGCAAUUUACAUUAUUGGAUUCUUAUUCUUGCCACUAUGGUUUUAUUAUCUUCAUUCUAAACAAUUUAGAAAAAGAAUUAAUGGCUGUGUCUGUAAAUAUUUCCCUUCCAGGUAGUAUACGAUGUUUGUACAAUUUUUCCAAAGUAUCUUCAAAGAGAAAAAUUAAAAAAAAAAAAAGGAAUUCUAA